AUGUUCACAACGCUGAAUAAGGAAGACCACGCGAAGCGCAAGAGAAUCAUUGCAGAUCGUUACGCAAACAGCAAUGUCCUGCGACCUGUACCCCUAGGCGGAAUCCAGGAGAGGUCGCAAAAGUUUAUCAACUUGUGCGAGAAGUCCGUGGGCAAGAGCCACGACAUAUUCAUGAGUCUUCACUCCUACGCCUGUGAUUGCGUUACACAUCACUUGUUCCAUCCGUACGGCAGUAACUGCCUCGAGAACGAGGCGGACGAGGAAAUGAUGCACCAGGUUGCCGCUGAUGACAGCCUGCAAAGUGAGUACACGGGUCAAUAUGCCUGCUGCAUGCACCUCAAUCCUGGGCUGCACAAGCUCCUCUCUCGAUUCCUAUACUUCUUCGCCAAGCCCCGCGAAACGCCCCUCGCCGACACCUUUGUCAUCGAGUCCAGCAAAAAGUCCGACCCGGCCGCCUUCACGCUCCUCAGCCGGCUGCACGACAAGGCCGGCCAGGGACUGGACCAGCUCGACAUGGCGGGCGAGUGCCUCGACCACAUGGCGGCGGGGAUCGACACGACGGGCGACGGGCUGUGCUUCCUCAUGUGGGAGCUCUCGCAGCCGCGGUCCCUGCGUUUCCAGGAGACGCUGCGCCGCGAGCUGAGGGAGAACCCGGGAGUCGCGUUCGACAAGUUGCCGUUUCUCGAUGCCAUUGUGCAGGAAGGGUUGCGGUGCUUUCCAGCUAUCCCAAUGUCCCUGCCACGUUAUGUGCCCCAGGGCGGGCGGGUUAUUGACGGGUAUGCCAUCCCGGAGAAGACGACGGUCAGCUGCCAGGCGUAUUCCAUCCAUCGCAUCAACGAGGAAGUGUUCCCGGAGCCCGACUUGUUCAACCCUAAUCGGUGGAUGAAGCCAACGGGUGACGCCGAGAGGAAGCGGCUAAUGUUUGCGUUUGCCAAUGGAGGCCGAGGAUGUGUUGGCAAGCAUCUGGCGCUCGCCGAGAUGAAGACUUUAUUGACGGACAUUUACACCCGUUACACGACGCUUCCUGAGACGUCAAUGUCGGAGGAGUCGAUGGCCAUGUCGGACCAGCUCAUCUCCUCGCGACCCCUGGAACAGAAGUGCUUGCUGCAGUUUGUUCCCGUUGGCGAGAAGCAGGAAUGA